GGUUACUGUGGGAUCUUGUGCGUCAUAUAUGUCAAUAGUGUCACAUGUACGUUGAACAAGCCCACAGGAGAUUUACAGCUGGUUUAUGACAGUUACUUCACUUCGUAUGCAAGUCUGGACUCUGACAAACCUGCAACAAGUUGGAGCAAACACUUUGGCAGUUCCAGUCGUAUUUUCACGUUGUAAGGCACACCCUGAGACAGCAUGAGUGAGAGCCUUGUGUCGUGUGAUUGGCUGAAGAGUCAGAUUGAAGGGAGACAACCCCGUGACCUGGUCAUCCUGGACGUGUCCUGGUCCAGCAGCCAGGACUGCCACAGUGACUACUCCAAGGAUCACAUACCAGGAUCGGUGUACUUCAACGUGUUUGACAUUGCCGUCCACACUGAACUGCAUCCAAGAAAUAUUCCCAACUUAGAUGUCUUCCAGAAGGCAGCUAGGGAUGCCGGCAUCAACAACACAUCCCAUGUGGUCAUCUACAGCAACACCGACUUCUGUAGCUUCUUCAUCUCAGGCCGUGUGUGGUGGACAUUUAAGAUCUGGGGGCACCCAAAGGUUUCCGUCUUAAAUGGCGGUUUACAGAAAUGGAAGUCUCUGGGCUACCCAACGACCGCCAACACAACUGACAUACAGGUUGGCAACUUCCAGGCAAAAUGGACCCCUUCCUUGUAUCGGACAUUUGAGGAGUUUAAUCAGGCCCUUUCAGGACAGAAGAUCCAAGUUUGUGACUCGAGGGGCACCGAGAAAUAUGCAGAGCAUGGUCACAUUCCUGGCGCUCGCAACAUCCCGCUGUCGUCAUUGAUGGAUGAAGAGAGGAAGGAGAUGAAGUCUGUGGAGGAGGUGAAGAAACUGUUUGCGGGUGCUGGUGUAGAUCUGACACAGCCGAUCGUCACCCACUGUAACAGCGGGAUGUCGUCCUGCUCUCUGGCUUUCGCUGCUCACCUGUGCGGCAACACUGACGUCGCUGUCUUCCACGGUGGAUUCACAGAGUGGAAGACCAAAGCUUCAGACCGGGUCGACAAGAGCAGCUGAAGUACUCAGUGUCUACAUAUACUCAUGCCAAUAAUGGUUGUCACCCCCCUACCCACACCAACCCAUCACACUCACACUCACACACACACACACACACCCUCUCCAAUAAAAAAAGGGUGAAGGGGGUGACAACCAUUAUUGGCAUGAGUAUACUCACAUGCCAAGAUUUUGGCAAACAACAUAUUUUACUAAAUUUUCAUUAAGUUUUAAAUGGAAAAA